ACAGACCUCAUUAAUUUUCCGGCAACUGUAAAACGUCCUCAGAUGGAUUUGUUUUUAUCACAUAGUGUUUUUUUUAAUUCUUGAUUUUUUUAAAUAAGAACUGUUCCAAACGUUUGCCUCAGCGAUCACCGUAGUGAUAGUUUUCGUCUUUAUCCCACUCACGUGUUUUCCCUGUCGACGGGAAACACUCGCUAAAGACACUGGUUCCCAUUGUUGAGAUUAAGUUUUAUAAUAAAUUACAGAAACAAAUAUUUUUGUCUGUUCAACAUUUUGAAUUGCGAUUUUCAGUUAACACGGUACUUUAGUUUUCUUAUGAUGUGAAAAGUGAAAACUUAUCUGACGAGGGUGUAUAUAUUCUGUGCCAGCAAGAAACAAUUCCUUAUUCGAGGAAUCGAGAAUAUUGUUUUGUAAGAAAAGUUUUAAUUAUUUCAAAUCCAAUUUAAAACAGACAAACUGAGACAGCCCGCCCUACUGGCUUCGUGCCCAUGGCGUUUCCUCUGCCCAAGCCCCAGCCUCCCCAGUUGCCCAGUGUGCUACUUCACACCCUGGACUGUCAUCAAGGAGCAGUUCGAGCUGUGCGCUACAAUGCGGAUGGUAACUAUGUCUUGAGCUGUGGCAGUGAUAAGACUCUGCGACUAUGGAGUGCUGGACGUGGGAUUUUGCUGCAGACCUACAGUGGACACGGCUACGAGGUGCUGGACACUGAUGGCUCCUAUGACAACAGCCAGCUGUGUUCCUGCAGUGCAGAUAAGACUGUGAUUCUGUGGGAUGUGGCCACAGCCCAGGUGACCCGCAAGCUGAGAGGACAUGCCGGGAAGGUGAACUGUGUCAGAUUUAAUGAAGAGGCUACAGUCAUUGUGUCAGGCUCUAUAGACAGCACAGUGCGUUGCUGGGACACGCGAUCCAGGAGGCCCGACCCGAUUCAGAUUCUGGACGAGGCGCGAGAUGGUGUGAGCAGUGUUGAAGUGUCUGAACACGAGCUGCUGACCGGCUCGGUGGAUGGCAGAGUGCGGCGCUAUGACCUGCGGAUGGGUCAGCUGUUCAGCGACUUUGUAAACAGCCCCAUAACCUGUGUGUGUUUCAGUCAGGAUGGACAGUGCACUCUCAGUGCCAGCCUGGACUCCACCCUCCGGCUGCUAGACAAGAGCACCGGGGAACUGCUGGGAGAGUACACCGGACACAGGAACAGCAGCUACAAGCUGGACUGCUGCCUGUCAGAGAGAGACACCCACGUGCUCAGCUGCUCUGAGGACGGACAUGUGUACUUCUGGGACUUGGUGGAGGGCUCUCUGGCGUUGAAGCUGCCUGUUGGAAAAGGAGUCGUCCAAUCACUGUGCUUCCAUCCCACGGAGCCCCACCUUCUCACCGCCAUGGAGGGGCGUGUUCAAAUCUGGGGGGUGGAGUCAGAGGAGAAGGAGGAGGAGUCAGGCUAGGGACCCAUCUGUAUCUUGGAUUUCCAGCAAAGGUGUACUUUACCCCAAGGCCCAGUGACAAGAAUGAAAGAAAAUAACUGUAUUUUUUCAAAUUCUUCUUUUUUUUUAAUUAUUUUUUUUAAUUAUUUUGAUACUGUGAUAUAAAAUUUCAGUGCAUUCAAAA